AUGGUCACUAGCAUGGCCUCGAUCCUGGACGGCGGCGACUACCGGCCCGAGCUCUCUAUCCCGCUCCAUCACGCCAUGAGCAUGUCCUGCGACUCGUCUCCGCCCGGGAUGGGCAUGAGCAACACCUACACCACGUUGACGCCGCUCCAGCCGCUGCCGCCCAUCUCCACCGUGUCGGACAAGUUCCACCACCCGCACCCUCACCACCACCACCCACACCACCAUCACCACCACCACCACCACCAGCGCCUGUCGGGCAACGUCAGCGGCAGCUUCACCCUCAUGCGCGAUGAACGUGGGCUCCCGGCCAUGAACAACCUCUACAGCCCCUACAAGGAGAUGCCGGGCAUGAGCCAGAGCCUGUCCCCGCUGGGCGCCACGCCGUUGGGCAACGGGCUGGGUGGCCUCCACAACGCGCAGCAGAGCCUGCCCAACUACGGGCCGCCGGGCCACGACAAAAUGCUCAGCCCCAACUUCGACGCGCACCACACUGCCAUGCUGACCCGCGGUGAGCAGCACCUGUCCCGGGGCCUGGGCACCCCGCCCGCGGCCAUGAUGUCGCACCUCAAUGGCCUGCACCACCCGGGUCACGCUCAGUCCCACGGGCCAGUGCUGGCACCCAGCCGCGAACGUCCACCCUCGUCCUCGUCGGGCUCGCAGGUGGCCACAUCUGGCCAGCUGGAGGAGAUCAACACCAAAGAGGUGGCCCAGCGCAUCACCGCCGAGCUGAAGCGCUACAGCAUUCCGCAGGCGAUCUUCGCGCAGAGGGUGCUGUGCCGGUCUCAGGGGACUCUCUCCGACCUGCUCCGGAACCCAAAGCCGUGGAGUAAACUCAAAUCUGGCAGGGAGACCUUCCGCAGGAUGUGGAAGUGGCUGCAGGAGCCGGAGUUCCAGCGCAUGUCCGCCUUACGCCUGGCAGCAUGCAAACGCAAAGAGCAAGAACCAAACAAAGACAGGAACAAUUCCCAGAAGAAAUCCCGCCUGGUGUUCACUGACCUCCAACGCCGAACACUCUUCGCCAUCUUCAAGGAAAACAAACGCCCAUCAAAAGAGAUGCAGAUCACCAUUUCCCAGCAGCUGGGCCUGGAGCUCACAACCGUCAGCAACUUCUUCAUGAACGCCCGGCGCCGUAGCCUGGAGAAGUGGCAGGACGACCUGAGCACCGGGGGCGCCUCGUCCACCUCCAGCACUUGUACCAAAGCCUGAUGGAAGGACUCUCAGUUGGGCACAAGUCAUUUCCAAACGAGUAAAACACAUACCAAAAGAAAACACAAAGGAAAAAGACACUGGAUUCUUAGCUGGGGCCCUUCACUGGUGAUUUGAAAGCACAAUUCUCUUGGAAAGAAACUUCUAGCUGUAAUCAUAGGCCAGGUGUUCUUUUUUGUUUUGUUUUUUAAUGGCUAUGGAGCCCAAGUGAAAGCUGACAAUGAAUCUCUUUGAACCGGACUUUGUCCUCUGAGCAUGCUGAGCAUCUCAGAAACCCAAAUGGGGCCUUCCUGGAGCAAGUUCAUUUCAGUGUAGUGUCAACCAAGCUCAGGAUUGCUUAAAAUGUCAACAGCCCCACUUGGGGGUUUUUCAACCUCUUGCAGUCAGAGUUCUCACAAGUAACCGUGGGAAUUCCGCCUGAGUUUGGGCUCCCAAGAUGCUACUUUAAGAGAAGACUCUAGCAACCAGAAUGACCUCAUUUGAUUUCCAAGUGCUUAGCCACAUCACACCACAUACACCAAAGUUCACAGCCAUAAUAUAAAAAACAUCAGAUAUGAUAAUUACUGAGCACAAGUAUUAAAUAUGAAGUUAAAAACAAACAAACAAACCCAAGGACCUGUUUUUCCAACUCAGGCAUCUUUUCAUUGAAUGGUUUUGAAAGAUUUAAGUUGGUCCAGUUUACAAUUUUCUUUUCUUUACCUCCUGGAAAUCUAAUAUGGUCUUGGAUCCAUCAAAACAACAAAUCAGUUCACUUGAGCUCAAAGUAUCAAGCACAACAAAGAUAAACAGAGAAGAAAGGAAGGUUUUGGAUUCACCACCUCUGGAUUUUCAAGACACCGAUUGGGAAGUCAUUAGGAAUCAUUGGGAAUAAGGCUUCAAGCACAUUUUGCAGUUUGCUACAAAUUCUGUUUGUACAUAAUGCAGACGCACACUCAGGAGGCCACUUUAACUGUUAUGGUACAUGGAGCAAACGCAGCAUUUUAAAAGAUCUAGAUUUUUUUAGAUCAUUAAUGUGUCCUUCUUGGUUGUUAGUCACCUGGUUCCUCCUAUUGUGCAUUCUGACCACCACGUAACUCAUUCUCACUCUUUCAGAUUUGGGUUGUUCUCUCGUCCCUCCCAUUGGUAGGGAUGUUUUCAGUGUUUUCUUACAAGAAAAAGAUAAUAAUUCAAACCGCCAUACAUGUUAUGCAUCUAGUCCUAAACCUCUUCCAUUGUUAAGUUGUCCUAGAAAAACAGCUGAAUAAAACUGGAGAAAACACAGCACACCAAAGAAGCAGAAUACUGCAAACCAAAGACGUUUAUUACUUGCCAUUUUCUAGCCUAAAUAUACUGUGAUUACUUUUAGAAAUCAGAAAACCUCUGCAACUCCAAAUGGCAUUCAGCUCUUGCAUUUGGCUCACCAUCAGGCUGAGCAGACAGGCUAUGCCAAGGACAUCAGCCAAGCCACCCAGGGAGUGGCUGUCACCUUCCAACAGCAAGCAGGAGAGCGCCCACAGAACUCUGGGAGAUUGCGAAGGUCACGAUGUGCAUAUUUACCAGUGAAUGGCCCCAGGUGGGCACCAUGGGGGUGUUCAAAGCAAGCCAAACGCUGCAAUGAUUCUUUACAGACACUUGAGACUGACUUUUUUUUUAUGAAUUACUUAAUCGAAACCAAAGAAACUUUUUCUGCACCUACUUCUGCAACAAACAAAACUGUCCCAUUAAGGUGAAUAAGUAAAUACGUAAAUCAAUGAAAAUCACCACCAAGAAGAAGGAAGCACGCCAGAAAAAAAAAAAUACAGUGAGACACACUGUGUUCAAACAGACCUCUUGGGACAUUUUUUGGAAGCAGAUUUUAAAGAAAGGGUUGAGACAAGAAUGGAAAUAAGGAAAACGCCUCAGUGGCUGCUGCUUCAUUUGACAACUCACGCAGUAAUCUUAAAGUUGAAGAUUGUCUUUAAUUUGUGCCUAUGCAGUUUUUCAAAAGAACACGGAACAGAGCAACAGAAA